UCUGGGUAAUGUAGUCCGCCGCUACCGCAAGAUGGCGGACUGUCUGGAGCGGGUCCGAGUGUCCGAGGCUGAGCUCAGGGAAUUGGCCCGAAACCUCAGCACCGCGGCGGCCCGUACCGGUAAGAAACGCCAAGGGGACAGCGCUGGACACGUGGAGCCGCCGGAAACCGGCGCCGAGUUCUUGUCCGACCUUCCCAAGGAAAUCAAGGAGCCAAGAUCACGGAAAGACAACAGGCGCCCUGAUAUUCAAAUUUAUCAGCCUGGCGUUUCCAGACUGAGAAACAACAGACAAAAAGUGCCACAGUUGGAAACUUUGGCAAAGGAGGAGACAGAUGGGAAAGAUCUUGGUGGAUAUAAGGAAGUUCAGUGUCAGACUGUACCAAAGAGAAGUUGUGCCUUGGCUACUGAGGGCCACAGUAAUGGCAGCAGUAACCAGGGAUGUGCCAACAGGAACGGACAGCUGAAUAGAAAUGAGGAGGAAGAUCUUAAAUGGGCUGAUGAGCAAAUUGUGAUGAGCUCUAACUCCAAUGCUGUUGGGAAACAAUCAAAGAGGGUCAAGAAACCAGAUCGUCAGAUCUACCAGCCGGGCAGACGUGUGCAGGUGCUCAACAAGGAUUCACCCAGCAGCUUAGGCACUGAGGAGCUGGUGAAGAAAGUGGAAGAGCUGAGGCUGGCGGAUGAGAGUAAGAAUGUCUGUGCUGAAGAGGAGAAUACUGAAACUGAAGAUAAAGGCAACCAGCAAGACCGAGCAAAGAUUCAACCAGUUGUAGAGGUGAAACUUGGCAAAAGAGAAAAGGGGAGGAGGGGAAGGAAAGAUGCUGCAGAUCAGGGGAACAACUUUGCAGAAGAACCUGAAAACAGCCGAAUCAUUCGAUCCCAGGCAAGACCAGAGAAAGCUGGAGGGCCCUCCAAGCGCUAUUCCAGGUCAGACAAGCGCAGGGGUCGUAACCGGACCUGCAGUACAAGCUCUGCAGGGAGCAACAACAGCUUGGAUGGGCCUCUGUCCCAGCAUGGACCCCCUGAUGGAGAAAGGAAGAAAAUGGGAGUGAAGGAAAGGAAAAUAGCUGCCGAGAGAAAAGAAAAGUUGAGACCCUGCAAGCAGGUUUCAAUUUCGUCAACUGAUUCUUUGGAAGAUGACUGUGCUGAGGAGAACAGAAAUCGUGCCUCGCUAAAGAGCCCUGAAAAGCCGAAAGGCUUCAAGAAAGAAUGGGUGCAUGGCAGAAACUCUGAGGGUUCAGAGUGCUGGAACAGGGAGAGUAAAUCCUCACUCACUGAAACAAACUGCAGGGCAGCUAUAAUAGCAAAGCAAAACUCUGAGGAAAAGAGCAAAGGGAGAGGUAAAUUGUGCAGGGUUGAGGCAAAACCCAACCUCUCAGCAAGCAAGCUGAGUCACAGCACCGAGAAAAGGGAGAAAGUUGAGGAGCCCAGGGGGAAGGGUCGGGGUAUCUUGGUCCUGCCUGCCAAUACCGAUCUUUCUUCCACAGCACCCGGCUCUCCUGAUUCUCCACAAAUGGGGACAAGACUUCUGUUUGGUCGAAGUUCUCGGAGCCGAGGCCGUGGUGGGACUUCCCGUAGACUGUGGGAUCCCAACAACCCUGAUCCGAAACCUGUGCUGAAGAGCCAGACUGCUCAGCUCCACUUCCUGGACACUGAUGAUGAAUGCAGUUCAUCUUCUCAGGGAGAAACCUCCUACUCCUUUACACAUCCAGCUCCCACAGCAUACUAUAAAUUCCAGAACUCAGACAAUCCGUAUGGUUAUUCCAGAGCUGCGGUGCCUGGCCCUCAGUAUCCCUAUGGCCCUUAUGCAAUGCCGUACCAGAUGAGUGGCAAUAGCAGCAUAUAUCCGGCGACAUAUUAUCCAGGCUACCCAACUCCCCAGUUCCUAGCUCCCUAUCAGAGUGGGCAGCUGAACCCAGAAGACAUGGAGCAGCAUGUGCGGACCCUACAGCAACAAGAACUGGGGAAGCUGCUGCGGAUGGCAGAUAACCAGGAGCUGCAGCUCAGUAACCUGCUCUCGAGGGACAACGUCAGUAAAGACGGGCUUGAGAGGAUGGCUCAGCUCAGGGCAGAGAUUUUACUGCUGUACGAGCGUUGCAUUCUUACUGAUAUAGAAUACUCGGACAACCAAAAUGUGGAACAGACAAUGUGGAAGAAUGCCUUUUAUCAGGUGAUUGAGAAGUUCCGCCAGAUGCUGAAAGAACCUUCCGGAGAGAGUGAAGAUGAAAUCCGAGGAAAGCUUUUGAAUUUAUUGGAUGAGGGGACCAACUUCUUUGACAGCCUCUUGCACAAGCUGCAAAUCACAUACCAGUUUAAACUGGAGGACUACAUGGAUGGGAUGGCCAUACGCAGCAAGCCACUUCGCAAAAUGGUGAAAUAUGCACUGAUCAGCGCCCAGCGAUGUAUGAUCUGUCAGGGAGACAUUGCCCGCUACAGAGAACAAGCCAAUGACACCACAAACUAUGGCAAGGCUCGCAGUUGGUACUUGAAAGCCCAACAGAUUGCACCAAAAAACGGACGCCCUUACAACCAGCUUGCUAUUCUGGCCAUCUACACGAGGCGGAAGCUGGAUGCUGUAUACUAUUACAUGCGGAGUCUUGCUGCCAGCAAUCCAAUUCUUACAGCUAGGGAGAGCCUGAUGAGCCUCUUCGAAGAAACUAAGAGGAAGGCUGAACAAGCUGAGUUCAAGAGGCAGCAAGAAUCUGAACUCAGCCCGGGCCCCAGAGGCAAGGGCAGGAAGCAGACUCUUAGGCAGGUUGGGGAAGACACCAGCCGGGUGGAGGUUUGGAUCCGUGCCACUCACCCUUGCUUGUCUCAGGGAAGUGAGUCGGGCAGAGAUGAUGGAACUUCAGAACAGGAUGAAGAUCUUGGAAACCUCUCUCCUAGUGAUCUGAAUAAAAGAUUUAUCCUGAAUUUCCUCCAUGCCCAAGGGAAGCUGUUCACAAAGAUAGGAAUGGAGACCUUCCCAUCAGUGGCUGCGAAUGUUCUGAAGGAAUUCAGAGCACUGCUUCAGCACAGCCCAUCCCCUAUCGGAAAUACCCGCAUGCUGCAGCUCAUGGCUAUAAACAUGUUUGCUGUGCACCAUUCCCAGCUUAAAGAUUCUGGUUCAGAGAACUGCCGAUCAGUAACUCAGGAGCAUGCCACGGCUUUGGGACUGGGCAUAUUUGGCUUGCUAGUGGAACGCUGCAUCGAACAGUUAAAGGAAGCUGCUAGAGCCCGUUCAAGUGACGAGGAAGAUGAUGAUGAUAUUAAAGUGUCUGCUUUCAACUUUGACCUGAAGGAGCUACUUCCCAGUGUGAAAGUGUGGUCUGAUUGGAUGCUGGGCCAUCCAGAUGAGUGGAACCCGCCACCCAACUCCCUCAUCCUGCCAAAAGAAAUUGCCAUCGAUGUGUGGGCCAUGCUGGCAGAGUUCUGCAACAUUUUCACAGCUGUCAACCAGUCAGAGGUACCGCUGUACAAGGACCCGGAUGAGGACCUCACCCUGCUUGUUCUGGAGGAGGACAAGAUCCUCUCAGGCUUUGUUCCUCUCCUGGCUGCCCCUCAGGACCCAUGCUACGUGGAGACAGCCGCAGAUAAGGUAAUAGCGGCUGACUGCAAGAGGGUCACAGUGCUAAAGUACUUCCUGGAAGCUCUGUGCGGCCAAGAAGAACCUCUGUUGGCAUUCAAGGGUGGAAAGUAUGUGUCAAUGGCACCCAUCCCAGACAGCCUGGGAAAGGAAGAUGGAAGCCAGCAGGGAAAACAACUGGAGGAUCAGGAAGAAGAUGUCAUCAUUGAAGAAUACGAGGGACAAAACUCUGAGCCCGAAGGCAGUGGAGGGGAAGAUGAUAUAAAGGAAUUGAGGGCAAAAAAGCAAGCAUUAACUAAAAGAUUUGCCGAACAGCAGCGCAGACAGGAAAAAAUCCAGGCCGUAUUAGAAGAUCAGACUUUCAAGAGACAGAUCGAGAUUGAGAUAACACCUGUCUUUCUUGUGCCAGACACCAAUGGAUUUAUUGAUCACCUCCCCAGUCUGGUCAGGCUGUUGGACUGUAAGCUGUACAUCAUUGUGGUCCCACUUAUUGUGAUUAAUGAGCUGGAUGGUCUGGCUAAAGGCCAGGACGCAGACUACCACAGUGGAAACCAUGCCAAAUUGGUGCAGGAGAGAGCCAAGAAAGCCAUUGACUUCCUGGAACAAAAGUUUGAAUCCCGUGACUCAUGUCUGCGGGCUCUAACCAGCAGAGGUAACGAGCUGGAGUCAAUUGCGUUUCGGAGCGAGGAUACGACCGGGCAGCAGGGUAACAAUGAUGAUUUGAUUCUCUCAUGCUGCCUUCAUUACUGUAAGGACAAGGCCAAGGACUUCAUGCCAGUGCACAAAGAUGAGCCCAUUCGCCUGCGCCGUGAUGUUGUGUUGCUGACAGAUGACCGGAAUAUGAGAGUGAAGGCUUUGACUCGCAAUGUGCCUGUUAGAGCUAUCCCUGUGUUUCUGAAAUGGGCCAAGGUGGGAUGAAGAGAGAGAGCCAGGAUAAACUCUCAUCCUCUGGAUUCCAGUGAGCAUCGUCGAGAGCCCAGAGCUCGACCAUGGCAACCCACCUCUCCAUUACAAAGCUAACAUUAAGAAAUGACGAGAAUCAAAAUGCAGUAGAAGAUUGUGAUUGGUUACCAAGAAAAAAAACAAGUCAGCUGAAGAGGCAGGUCUUGAGAUGAAACAUCUUGAUGGGUCUUUUUAGGAGCAAGCUAGUCAUGGUGGGUUAAUAGAGUGAACGACGGGUGAACAUCCAGAUGCAGGUUAGUGAGAGGGAGCUCCUUUAACCUGUGGAAGGAAAGGACUCCUUCCCUGGUGGAGUUCUUUGAUUAGCGUGUGGAUUGUUUUGUGACAGAGAUGGAAUGAUCCACUCUGCUUUGCUUGGCACACGUCUGUAAACCCACCUCCACCCUGAAUCUUUGUCACAUCAGAGGUGAAGGGGAAGGGAGAGAGGGGUGCAGGCUUUGAUGGUUUGAUUCGCUGCUGGUUCUGUGAUGUCAUUUUUUUGGCAGGAGGAAUUUCACACAAAGAAAAGUUUAAAUAAUUUACAAUAAAAUGAGUCUCGCAUGGCCUUGAAAAAAGGCCUCAGUGUAAGGUUAGCCUAAAUCAAGGCAACUUUUAAAGGUCAUGUUAAGGGUCACAGCCAAGUUAUUGCAGAUAAAGCUGGCCUUUAAUUGGCCUUGUAUAAAAGGAUUUCUGGCACCAACCUAUCGUCAGGUUGAUAGUGUGUUCUUAGUGCACUAGGUCUUUGCAUGAUGGAGAUUGUAGAAUUACCAGAUUAAAAUGGAGGGCUAUUUUAUUGAAGUGAGGUUUACUAUCUCCCCAAUGUGUUUGCACUAUAAUCUGGUGAGUCAGACACAAGGCAGAGAGUGUCAUAUGAGCAGCUCCUACGUGAGCUGGUAGCAUACAAGCUGCCCUUUCACAUGCUGCUCAAUGCCCAAGACCUUUGGCAUUUGGGGGGAGUCAGAGAUAAUUCUGCCUUGCAAAAUACCAGUUAGAGGAGGGCCAGAGCGGGGUUCAGUUACACUGCAGGGCCAAUGAUUGAGAUACCUGUUGCCUCCUAAUCCCUCGUCCCUGCCAAGCUAUCAAGUAGCUGGGGCAGCUACUCAACUUUGUGAACUUAAACACCCAGGGCUCAGUGAUAUUUUAGCUGGGAAAGUCUGCAUUGAUGCUGGGGAUUCAGCUCCUUUUGUGGAGCAAAGAGAUUUCAAAAAUUGGUUUAUUUUAAACAUUUCAGAAUUUGUUUUUCAUUGUUUUUUUUUAAAUAGUCUUAACUAGUUAGAUUUGGGUUUUGGGUAACCAGGUACCUGGAUUUGGUUUUAUUUAGUGUUGAGUGGCCUUUAUAGAACAGAGGAAGCUUUUGGUUUUAGUGCAGUGGAGAGUUCAAGUUAAUUUAGCAGGUGUGUGUGUGUAUAAAUUCUUUAGCAUGUUAUGUCGAUCUGUAGUAUCUCACCGGUUAGUUUGGCAGCUAAUAGACUUUGUCCAGUGCUGCAACCUGCUGAUGGCAGCUCUCCUCCGUCAUGUCGAGACAUUGCCAUGUAGAAGAUAGUUACAAUGUUUAACAGUAACUAGUAUUCCUGUAACUACCAGUCCAAUAAAACGGAGGUGAAAAGGU